AUGGGAUCAGAAGAACACGAAGGACAUGUGUUUGUAAAAGUUUCAGAAACAAAGAAAGAAAUGAUUAAGAAGGAUACAAACGAGUUAGAAUGUAUAAUUUUUCCUAAAUAUGAAGAUAUUGCACUCGACUUGGAAAAUCAGCUUGCCAACCUGGAUGGGGGAUAUAUAUGGGAAACUUACAACAGAAAUUACCAGACAGGGAAAGGAAUGGAAAAAACAGAUCGACAUCGUUAUCAACAAAAUGAGAACAGAAAUCGACGAUAUAAAAUUGAAACUGAAGUAUCUCCUAUCAUUGAAUACAGCUCUAAGAUCAGAGAUUUUAGCAAGCUUCCACCCAAGAUUCAAGUAUCAUUGCCAACAUUCAUACCAAAACCAAUAGACCAUGAGAAGCUGUAUAAUUUGUUUGGACAGAUCACUCAAUUAUCUACUGCUACAGAAGAAAAUAUAUUGUUACUGAACCAACCCAACACUUCAGUUAGAAAACUACUGGAUGAACCGGAGCUUGUUGUCACAAUACAGACUGAGGACAAUGUAAUACGGAGUGUUACAUGUCUCAAUAAUAGAGAAAUAUGGACAAGUGGCGAGACUAGGGAUAUCAAAUGCUUCAGCAUUGCAGGCUCCCUUCUCCAGACGAUCGAGACAAAAUCGGGUAAAUGGCCUAGUGAUAUAGCUGUAGACAGAAAUGGAGAUCUACUGUACUCCGACAGGACAACAAAGACUGUGAAUAAAGUAAAGAAUGGACAGAUGGAAGAGUUAAUCACAUUACAGGGAUGGACGCCUGAUAAUCUCUCCGUUACCUCUAUUGGUGAUCUCCUGGUUACCAUGUACAGUGAUGGUUACACUCAAUCCAAACUUGUCCGUUACUCGGGAUCUACGGAAAAACAAACCAUUCAAUUUGACCAUGAAGGUAAACCUCUGUACUCAAGGAAUAACAAUUCUAAAUACAUCACAGAGAACCGAAACCAUGACAUUUGUGUUGCUGACAUGAAUGCUGGUGCAGUAGUGGUGGCUAAUCAGGACGGGGAAUUCAGAUGGAGAUACACCGGUUAUCACUCGGUUACCAAGAGCAAACCAUUAAAACCCCAUGGCAUCACAUCGGAUAGCCAGAGUCGUAUCCUGACAGCAGACGGUAACAACCGUUGUAUCCACAUUCUGGAUCAGGAUGGACAGUUUCUCCGUUACAUUGAUAACUGUGAUCUGAAGAAAGCGUUUGGUUUAUGUGUGGACGGUGAUAACAAUCUGUUUGUGUGCGAAUAUCACCACGGUAUUGUAAAGAAAAUCAAAUACUGA